CAGGCGCAGCUGGCAGAUCGGGCUCCCGGGGGGCCGCCGUCGCGGAGCGGGGCGGCAGUGCGCAGGCGCAGACGGACGCGGCGGCGUGGUCCCCAUGGCGCUGCGGUAGCGGUGCUGGUGCGUGGGAGCCGGGAUGAGCGAGUCCGAGGCGGACCGCUGGGCGUGGCUGCUGGUGCUGAGCUUCGUGUUCGGGUGCAACGUGCUGCGGAUCCUCCUGCCGUCGCUGUCCUCCUUUGUGUCCAGAGUGCUGCAGAAGGAUGCAGAACAGGAGUCACAGAUGAGGGCGGAGAUCCAGGACAUGAAGCAGGAGCUGUCCACUGUUAACAUGAUGGAUGAAUUUGCCAGAUAUGCCAGACUGGAAAGAAAGAUCAACAAAAUGACGGACAAGCUCAAAACUCACGUGAAAGCACGGACAGCUCAGUUGGCCAAGAUCAAGUGGUUUAUAAGCGUCGCCUUUUACAUACUGCAGGCAGCAUUGAUGAUCUCGCUCAUCUGGAAGUAUUACUCCGUCCCUGUGGCCGUGGUGCCCAGCAAGUGGAUCACCCCGCUAGACCGCCUGGUGGCCUUUCCUACUCGAGUGGCAGGUGGAAUUGGAAUCACCUGCUGGAUCUUAGUCUGUAACAAAGUUGUGGCCAUUGUACUCCACCCUUUCAGCUGAGCCGAGCAUGUGUGGCCACAGAACUUUACCAGGAGGAUUUCGACGACCACACAGAAGCCCACAGGCGCUUGUUUUUGUGUUUUGGAAUAUGUUUUUGUCUGUCACCCGGGAAUCUUGCUCAAGUCAGGGUUUUCUACAGUUGUCAUUGAGCCAGAAAAAGAGCGGUGUGACAGUUAGUGUAUUGUUGAUGUAGUUCUGGACCCGCUGGGCUGUGAACGUCAAGUGGCAUUUGCAUGCUGGGGCUCGCUCUGCAUGGUUGGUUUUGUUGCCAGCUGCAAAGACAAUAACUCCAAUAGUGCCAUUUUUUUUUGCACCACAAACAAAAACACUUUAGUGUUCUAGAAGACAUGGAAAUGAUGUCCACUUCAGUAGUUUCUGCAGACACGACCUUUGGUCCUGGGAGGGUGAGAUCAGUCCGUGGGCACCUGCGGGUUGUGCUCUGCCCUCACACGAUGCCACCGCAUCUGGGUCCCGACACAACACACAUCGUGUAAGGGAGAACCAAGUCCACAACUGUCUUCUCUCUGGCCUUCACACUUGAGGUGUGGCCUUUAGUCCUGUACAUUUGGGAUCCCUUGGAAGAGACUUAGAGUUCUGGAUUUGGGAUGGUGUCAGGAUCGUGCACCACCCAUACCCGCUGGCUACACAGAGUGAUGACUUCAUGUCCUGUCCGUUUGAAGAAAUUCCUCAUUUCUCACAGCAGACUUUAUGGGAGAUGACAGAUCAGAAUGUUUCUGUGUUAAUGUGCAUCCAGCCUUGUGUGAUAUUGGCAGCUGGCCAACUGUUCCGUGUGCGCUCCGCUCUGUGGACACGUCUUGUCUGAAUGUCUUCCCAGGUGCGUCUUAUGCCGUGCUCUCAGACUGAACCCCAGAUCACCCCAGACCUUCUCUGGAUGAUACAUAGAAAUCUUUUUGGAAAUUUGUCUAGUUUUCAGAGUUCUGCAUUUUGAGUUUUUUUUUUUUUGAGCAAGAAA